AUGGCCAACUCUAUGGACUUCAACCUUGACUAUGGUCCUGAUGAAUCUCAGGACUCCGGGGGUUCACAGCCCCUGGAUCCUUCCUACAUGGCCUUUCCCACCCAUGUCGGCAAUUAUGCCUUUAGCGCCAUGUUACCCCAGGACGCCAAUCUACCCGUGCAGAGCUUCGAGCGGCCACCCCAGGACCUGGAAGGACGUAUGUCUAAUGUCAUGCUCACCUACGACUCGAUGCCCAACCCGGUCUCAAUGCCCACAAGCCUGGAUCCCAACAGCGCCUAUACCUACAGUAUCCCGACAACCUACCCGGCAACCUCCAUGGGCCUGACGCAGUUGGAACAGUCACAGUUCCAGCCCGCCUACCAGUCCUUCCCACAAUCAAUGCCGGUCUCCUACUACCCCCAGACCCAUUCUCAGCUUCCACAGCCGCACCCGCAGGCGGCCCCGCUAGCACGCAAGGAACCCCACGAUACUAGCACCGAUGCCACGGCCAAUUUUGACGACCCGGAUUUUUCAGGCCAGAUGAGUGACCGGUCGCAGUUACAGAUGCAGCCGCGUCCUCAUCGGCCCCCACCCCAGGAGCGCCGGCUGCAGCCUGCGAGCCCGUACCGUGCCUCACAACCGGUCGCGAUCCAGCCCAAGAAACCCGUCCCCGCUAAAGGUGUUAUCGCGCCGGGGCUGGAAAAGCCCGAGAUUGGCAAGACCGAGCAUACCGGUAUCUACUCGAGUAGUGGAUUUGAUGUACUGGGUGCUUUGGGUCGUGUGGCAAUGCGCCCGAAUCCUAGAAUCAACAUUGGCGCAGUGGAUCUAUCCUGUGCUUUUGUGAUGUGUGAUAUCUUACGCGAAGAUCAGCCCAUUAUAUAUGUCUCAGAGGCCUUUGAAAGAUUGACAGGCUAUAACAAGGAGGAGAUUGUUGGUCGGAACUGUCGAUUCCUUCAAGGGCCUGAUGGCAAGGUCUCCCCUGGUGCGAAGCGGACUUUUGUUGAUGGACAGACGGUCUACCGGCUGCGGUCAACCAUUGAUGAUCGCAGUGAGAUCCAAGCAAGUAUAAUUAACUAUCGCAAGGGCGGACAGCCGUUUAUGAAUCUCAUCACUAUGAUCCCUAUCCAGUGGGACUCGGAGGAGUAUCGGUAUUACGUCGGGUUCCAAGUCGACCUGGUUGAAAAGCCCGAUGCCGUUACGAGGAGAAACCCUGAUGGCACUUAUAGCAUUAACUAUCAACGGGAUCAACUGCCUCAGUAUGUGGUCCCACCUCCAGACGCGUACACAACUAGGCCAGACCUCGUGGCGCAAUUUGGUCAUGAUGAAGUGACUGCCAUCCUCAAUGCAGUGAGUGCAUCUGGCAAUGAAGUCAGCCGUCACUACUUGGAUCGCAUUUUGGUUGAGAAUACCGAUGAUGUGAUCCAUGUGGUUUCGUUCAACGGUGAAUUCCUGUAUUUAUCGCCGUCUUGCCAAAAGAUUCUCGAGUAUGACCCGGUCGAGCUGGUUGGCAAGACCUUGUCUACGAUCUGCCAUCCUAGCGAUAUUGGUCCCGUGAUGCGUGACUUGAGGGCGAGCACGACAGCUGCUCCAGUGAGUGUGGUAUAUCGUAUCAGACAAAAGUACCGGGGAUACAUGUGGUUCGAGAGUCAUGGUGCAUGGCACAUUGACCGGAGUCAUGGCCGGAGACAUCUUGUCCUGACCGGCCGUCCUCGACCGGUCUACGCACUGGAUCAAAUUGCCCGACUGGGCUCGUCUGCCGCGCUGGCUGAAAACGACAUCUGGGCCAAGAUUUCUUUGUCCGGUGUCAUUCUAUUCAUCACUACUAAAGUGAAGCCGGUUCUCGGCCGCUCGCCCGAUGAUUUUAUUGGAAAGGGCUUACAGGAGAUCAUGGAGCCCGAGUCUGGUGGUCCUGCCACAAUCACACAAGCUCUGGAUGCGGCGUCUCGUGGCCAGGGGGCGGGCAUGACCGCCGUCGCGGGCAGCAACAAGAACACCGAGGAUCUCCCGUCUUUCAGGCACCAGAUGCAGCACAAGAAAGGACACGUCCUCUCGGCGCAUACUACUAUAUACGCUGGUGAUGCCAGAAAAGGAGUCAAACCGUCCUUCCUUGUCGCCCAGAUUCGAUUUGCUCGAUCUUUCCCUCCAUCCUCCACCGCUAUAACAGCUGCCGGGGACGAAAACCUUGCUGCGCUCCCCGGCACCGCACGAAACACAACCCUCACCGUUGAUGACCCUCUACCGCCCCGCCAAUACGGAGCUCUUGGCCAACGAAAGCCCGACCUCUCAAACCUCAUUGGACUCAACGGUCUGCCAACUGGGAACAGCAGCAUCUCAUCCUCUGCCGACCCAGCAACCUUCUUCACAGAACUCAACCCCACCCGCGGAUCAAGCUGGCAAAUCGAGCUGCGUGAACUAGAGAAGCAGAACCGCACUCUGGCAGAUGAACUGCAACGUCUGCUGGCCCGACGCAAGAAGCGCAAGCGCAAGCAGAGCGCUGCCUCCGUAGAAAAGACGUGCGCCAUGUGCAGGACCAAGGUUACUCCAGAGUGGCGCCGCGGUCCUAGUGGAAAUCGUGAUCUUUGCAACAGUUGUGGUCUGCGGUGGGCCAAGCAAGUCCGUGGUCAGGCGCAGGCGCAGGCUGGGGCUUCUGCGUCGGCAGUUGCGGGUGCUUGA